AGGAUGCUGUAGGAAUCAUACCGGUGUCAGGUUAGACCAGAGGAACGCACACAAAUUUGAAGCGGACUUGAGAAGAACGAAGAAACAAUGAAGUCCUUCAUUGGGAGUUUGGUAUAUUGCCUCUCUCUUCUGCUGGUUGAUCUCUGUGAGUCCUAUGACUUUAACAAUCCACCCCACAUUUUAGCACAAAGUUAUGCACAAAGACGAAAUCACGCUCUUCCACAUCGGACGCUGAACCCAGCAGUAUACAGGAGUAAAUACUGGUUAGAUGGACCUGAUCAACCUAACAAACAGAGGAGGAAGAUUUUGCCCCGUCUUAUCCCAGUAGCUUAUCCAGGACCCACAGCUCCUUCUCAACCCAAAGUUCAUGACUGGCUCAAAGACAAGCCAACCACAAAGGUGCAAAAUACAAAUAACAACCACUCUCCAAAUGAGGCGCACAUGCAGCUGAGAGGUGAAUGGGCACCGAUAGUUUGCAAAAAAGUGAUAGAUCCAGAACAAAAAGUUGUGUUUACAGGAGAAUCAGGGAAGCAUACAGGCGUGUCAAAAGUGGACUCAAAUCCACCAAUUGUUGUUCCACAACCGCAGUAUAUAGAUCCAGAAAGAUCUGUUGAUCUUACAGAGCAAUCAACAAAUAACCAGCCAACUGUUCCAACAGUUGCUCCUGAGACAGGGUUUUAUAAAUCAAAGCCAUCAAUGACCUUGGCAACCUCACAAUCUUUGAAUAUCUCCCUGCCUCAAAAACCUCUGCCACAAUCCUUGUCAACAUUGGCUCAAGGACCAAAUUCACAAAAUUCAUUACCCCAAUCUAUUACCACCACUACCAUGACACCUGAGGCAUAUCCUCAAAGUACCUUCCCCGAAUCCUUGCCAACAUCCACCCUUACACCGGAGGUGUACUCCCAGAGCACUUUAUCCCCACUCUUACCAAAGCUCACCUAUUCAAGAGGGCCAUAUCCUCAAAAAAUCCCACCCCAAUCACCAUUAGAGCCGUAUGACCAAAGUGCCUACCCAGAAUCCCAGCCGGCAUCCACACUGAUACCACUGACAAAUCCUCAAAGCACUUCGCCUCAACUUGUACCAGUGUCCACUCAUAGAUUAAAGCCUCUUUCCCAAAAGAUCUCAUCCCAGUCCUUGUCAACAUUCAGUUUGACACACGAGUCAUAUCUUCAGACCGCCCCACCACAGUUUCUACUAAUGUCUACCGUGCCAAAAGAAUCUUUACCAGAGGCAUCAAACAGGAUUAUUACCCACGACAGGAUAGCCAUCACAGGGAGAACAGCAACAGAUUCACAAUGUAGGAGCCGCCCACUGGACCUGGUCUUCAUCAUUGACAGCUCACGUAGCGUGCGUCCAGGUGAGUUUGAGAAGGUCAAGAUCUUCCUGGCUGACAUGGUGGACACUCUUGACGUUGGCCCCGAUGCCACACGUGUUGCAGUCGUGAACUAUGCCAGCACAGUCAAAAUUGAGUUCUUCCUGAAGAGCCAUCUUACAAAGGACUCUAUAAAACCAGCCAUCAACCGAAUCGAACCCCUCGCCGCGGGAACCAUGACUGGUAUGGCCAUCAAAAAAGCCAUGGAUGAAGCCUUCACUGAAAAGUCAGGAGCACGGCCCAAAUCGAAGAACAUCUCAAAGGUUGCCAUCAUUGUCACUGAUGGACGUCCUCAAGACCAAGUUGAGGAGGUGUCAGCUGCAGCGCGAGCUUCGGGAAUUGAGAUUUACGCAGUCGGAGUGGAUAGGGCUGACAAGCAGUCGUUGAAGCUCAUGGCCAGCAAUCCACUUGAGGACCAUGUGUUCUACGUGGAGACCUACGGUGUCAUUGAGAAGCUCACCUCAAAGUUCCGGGAGACAUUGUGUGGUAUGGACGCCUGUGCAAUGGGACAUGACUGUGAGCACAUAUGUGUCAGCAGUGGCUCCUCCUUUUACUGCAAGUGCCGGAAGGGCUAUAUUUUGAACGAGGACCAGAAAACAUGUUCCCUAAAACAUAUGGAUGCGUGUGAAAUAGGACACAGCUGUCAACACACUUGUGUGAGCACUGGAAACUCGUAUCGCUGCAAAUGCCGCUCAGGCUUUGUCUUGAACGACGACAUGCGAACAUGCUCCAUUAAAGGCGCUGGCGCUUACGGACAUGGUGACAGUGUCCACAAGGGUGACCGAAACAAAAAGAAAGAUGGCAACCGAAAUGGUGACGGUAGCGCUAGUGUGGAUUCCUGUGCUUUGGGCCAUGACUGCCAACACGCAUGCAUCUCCAGCGGUUCCUCCUAUUAUUGCUCGUGUCCUUCUGGCUUUGUCUUGAUGCAGGACAAGAAAUCAUGUUUCAAAGCCAGUGACGCAGAUGGAGAUGGUAGUGCCAGUCUGGACUACUGUGCGCUGGGUCAUGAAUGCGAACACAUUUGUGUCAACGAUGAUGCUUCCUAUCACUGUGAGUGCCGCCGGGGUUUUGUGUUGCAAGAAGACAAGAAAGCAUGUUCCAAAAAACAGGUGAAAGUGGAGAUCGUUCAGGACCCGUGCAUGUGUGAAGCCAGACUGGCUUUCCAGAGGCAGACACAAACCUCCCUACAGGACCUCAACUCCAAACUUGCUGCUGUCACAAGAAAGGUUGAGCAAAUGGAAAACAUGCUGGGACGCAUGUAACGGAGCGGUUCUUGUGAUUACUGGAGUGGAUAUGACAAGAAGGGCUCCUUUUUCAUCAAUAAAGCUUCAUCACGGGCCACAAUGAUCACAAGAACGGCUUUGAAAUUGUAUCACAGCGGCUGAUGUUCAGAUGAAGUAUAAAAGAAUAUUAACUAUAGUCAAGUAGUAAUUAAUAUUAAUAAGAGAUUAAAUUAUGCAUGAAAUGCUGGAAUGUACGUAUAAUGAUGUUUUUUUGCUCCCCAGAAAUGGUCAAAAAAAAUAUCUUAAAUAGACUAUAUUAAAACAUGUAUUGUAACCAAAGACCGUUAUCAAAUGUGUAUUUUAAUUGCUUGUGUUCAUGUCAAAGAAAGAAUGUUCUUAUUUUUACUGUUUAAUCUUAUGUAGACUCUCAUGUAUACGGUUAAAGUUAAAUAAAGACGAUGUAGUCUACAGUAUUUAUAACCAAGCAGUAAUAUUUGCUUUAUUAAAACUUGUAACACCUUUAA